UAUUAUUGUUCUGUGCUCGCUAGGCUGUUAUAAAAUUAAGAAGUAGGUACUGUUUUGCUGUAAAGUGUAAUGCGUUAAAAACUUAAAAUAUUCUUAGCUGCUGGCCUGCUGAGUGAGUUCACUGCAGCUGAAGAAUUAAAGUGUUCUGUGAGCUGUACACAGCGACUUAUACCUAUGGGCUCUAUGAUAAAGUAUUGUACCGAUGGAAAGUUCAUAAAGCAUAGCAUAGACCUUCGUUUUAAACUCAUCUAGGUAUAUUUAAAUCUUCUAUUACGUUAAAUUAAGUCUAGACCUCCCAAAUGGAUUCAAACAUCACAGGUCUGUGGGUGAAUUUCUUCACGGCUGCUGGAAUUCCUUCAGAAGUAGCAGCAACAUAUGCACUUACCUUUACUGAAAACAGAAUACAGAAUGAUAUGCUGCUUGAUCUAAAUAAAGAAUACCUCAGAGAUAUGGGAAUCAUAAGAAUGGGCGAUAUCAUUGCUAUUUUACGGCAUGCAAAGAGAGUCCAUGAGAAUACAGCAAGAGAUAAGGUGCUGAGUACAACCAGUGUUACCUCAAAGGUGCCUGUUGCGGCUGUGACUGGGCGCUCCACUGUUGCCCAACCAUCUUCACCAGCAUCGCGCAUUUUAGAACACUACACACGAAACACGGCACAAGACACUACGCCAGUACCCGGGGUGCAACACAUGAAAGUGCUGAAGAGAAGAUCUAACGAAGAUAUAACAACUGAAACAGACAGCAGUUUAAAGAAGUCAAGACUUAUAAGAUUUAGUCUACCGUCACAGCAGUCUGUUAAACCUAAAGAAGGGCCACCAAUCACGAAAACUGUGUUUGCGCGUCUCGGAACAGAGGCCAAAGUUGUACCAAAAGUAGAGAAUGUUGUACAGAAAGAGUCCGCUAAGCCAAUAUUUACCAGGCUCGGGGUUAAAGAAAAAACAGAUGUGGUGAUCCCCGUUCCCAAGGACGCUCUCAAGUAUGAAGGUAUCCUCAAAAGCCCUCCGGUUGUUAAAAGAGGUUUCACAGUUACAAGCAACAACAAUAUUAGGAAAGUUAAUGUUGGAACCAUGAGGGCUGACGAAGCACCAAUGAGUGUUAAAGAUAAACUUGCUUUGCCUAAAGCUAAGUCUGUUAAGUUUUCUAACAAAGUGGAGUACAAGGAAAUUGAAGCUAUUUCAAAUGUUGUUGAAAAGGUUAACACGUUUUUUAAUAAACCAGAAAGAAGGUUGGCUAUGCCAGAGAUGACUGUGAAGGGAAGGCUUGGUGUGAAAAAAGAUCAACCAAAUGUUGUAAUAACCAAAAAUAUUUUUAAAAGAUUAGGUAUAUGAGAAGUUGUUACCAAACACUUAUCUUUGUAUCAUAGAAUGGAACUGUUUUGUUCAUUAAAGUGCUCUUCUGUCAGUAUUUCUCAUUAUAAAAUGACUUGGGACGAAAAUGAAAAUAGUGCUGUGAUUUAAACUGGUAUUUCCUUUUGUUUUUUGCACAAGAUUUUGAUAAAUUUUUUCAUUAAUUUGUGGGGUGCAAUGUAUAUGAAAUACCGUUAUAAAAAUUUUGUGAUUAUUAUUAUUGCAAUGCUUCUAUGAAUCUGACAAUAUACUUAUUUAAAUACUCCAUAAAAUAAUUUCUAAAUAUUAAAUUCACCUGUAUAAUAUAAAUCGUGGAUUUAAUGACUACCUUGAGUCAAGAGUUGCACAUAAAAUUCAAAUUUACUUAAUUGUAUUCUAAUCAGCAUCUGCUUGGAGAUAUAAAAAUUGUUAUUAAUUAACAUGUAAACUAUUGUCAAACAGACAGCGAACCGAAAGCGUGGCGAAGCGUUUUCAUUUUGUUAUGUAUAGUAUCGUUUGAAUCUAGUCACAUAGAAAAGCGAAAGCAAACCGAAUUCGUGGCGAACCGAAAGGCGUGUCACUACAGAACAAACCAAAGCCAAUAGCUCGGCAUUGUGUUUAUUUACAAAAGUUUGACACGAGUGUCGUCCCGCAACGCUUCGCUUUUGCUGUGCCUACAUUGUUGUUUGACGUGUCUACUUUGAUGUUUGAUGUGCCUACUUUGUUGUUUAACGUGCCUACUUUGUUGUUUGACGUGCCUACUUUGUUCUUUGACGUGCCUACUUUGUUGUUUUAUGUCUCCGCUUCGGUUCGCAUUUAUGUUUGAUAAUACCUUUAGUGAGGAUCCAUAACGUUUUUAGUUUAGAUUUAUAGAGAUAAGAAGUCAAAAAAUAAAACACAGAGCUAAAAUGGUAUUCUACAUCAAAAAUUGAUAAAGCCAAAUUACUAGCGAAGUUCACUGUAGCCACCGCGGUAGCUGUGACGUCACAGUGCCAUUAUGUGUAUAUUUAUGCAUGAUAAUUGGGGGACUUAGUGAUAUUUUCCAUUGUUUACAUGGCCACAUGACGUCAUGACUAUCGUCCGGCGAUUUACGUGCGUUCGAAAAUUAAAAAUACUUUUAUGACAAUCAAAUUUUGUUUUUUCUUUUUUUUUUUUUAUUGAUUUAGGGGAUUUUUUUGCUUUGUUUUGUUGUUUAUUUUUGGAUCGAAUUGAAAUAUUUCAGGAAUGAAUGUGAUUACUUGUUAUAGUUUUUAGCAUAAGUUGUCUUUUGUUAAGUGUGUGCUAACAUAAUGUUUAAUUGGCUUUUUAAAUUUUGAUUGUAAUAGGUUUUGUCUUUAUAUUGUUUAUAUUGCAUUUUACAUUAUGUAUGAUGUGCUAUUUGUAGCAUAAACGAAGUAACUUGAGUUAAAAAAAACUGAUUUUCUUAAUUAUUACUAUUGUUUAUCGAGUGAGUAUGUAUGUAUGUAAGUAUGUGUACUGCAACCACUGAACAAAAUGAUCAUAGUUUAAAUGUAACAUUCAUUGCUCUUCCCAAUCCUAUAUUACAGAGCAAUACGCCAAUUUGAAUAUUUUUAUAAAAAUGCAAUCGAUUUUUUUUUACAUUUAAUUAUUUACUUUAUAUAGUAUGUGACGACUCCACUUGUAAUUGGAUGUGAUUUAAAAUUACAGACUGCCCUUUAUAACACAAAUAAAAUUUGAAAAACAAAAUUUUAUGAAAAAUGCGGGAUUCGAACUCACGACCUCCGGCGUUCCGUGCCGGUGCUCUAACCAACUGAGCCAACCGUUCGAGUACCGCUACCUCGCUAUAAAAUUAUGUUUGCUUUGUUCAACUCUCAGGUUGUGGCUUCAUCUACAGGAUCCACUUUACAGUUGAUAACCUGCUCAACCCCAAUAUUUGUUUUUCAAAUUAUUGUCAAAUUUUGUUUUUGAAAUUUUAUUUGUCUAUUAAUCCUAGAAGAGAGGGUUAUCACUUUAAAAACAUAACAUAUUGCCCUUUAUAAGUUUAUAGGAAGGUAUCUCAUUGAAAAAUACAAGCCAUUUAUAUUUUUCUCAUGUAACAUAUUCUGCCGUUAGUUGUCGACGAUCCGAAAUAUUUUCCCUUUUACAAAAUAUUUCUGUAAAUGAUUACAACUGUAUGUUUGUAUAUUAAAAUAAUGAUGUGAGACAUAAUAUUAAAAAUACUAUUUGUAAAUAACAUAGAAUAAAUAAGUUUUGCAUAA